AUGGAAUCGCAGCAUGUGCAGAUGGCCGCACAAGAGAAGGAGUUGAAAGAGACACGGGAGUCCGAGGCCAAGCUGCAAUUCGAGUUGCGGCGUGCGCUGAAAGAAGAGGAGCACGUGGGUGGCCAUGCGGACUUCAUGGCCACGCAGAUGGAGCUGGGUCAGGCAAAGCAAUCACUCCAUGACCGAAGAGGUGAGCUUGAGGUGGCUAAGAAGCAGCUGCAGUCUUUGCGACAUGAAGUGCACAAGUUGCGUGCUGCUGAGGAGCAAAGCAGCAGCGACGCGAACCAUCUUCAAUGCAAGGACUGUGCUUGGCUGGAGCAGGCUUGCCAGGCACAGAUCUGUGCAGCUACUGCCAGGCGCCGUGACGCUGAGGCUGCGCUCCAGAAGUCGUUGGACCAGCAGCAGGAGUUGAGAUUGGAACUGCUGGAAGAGCGGAACCGGCACGAGGAGCUCAAAGAGGUGCACAGCACACGGCUGGCGCAGGCGGCUGUAGCUGCCGCAAAGCGUAGCAAGUCGGAGGAAACUCCAGCUGCUCAAGAGGUGGCCUUGCUGCGGCACAAAGUGGAGCGACAGAAGCAGGAGACUCGGUGGCGACAUCCUGGAAAGCGUGAGGGAACGAUUGAGACUCCCCAGCUCGACACGCCUCGCCGGCACAAAGAGAUGCUGGUCCGGCUGGAGGAAGUGGAAGGCCGAUCUUUUGUGCAGGAGUUCGUCGUCGAGUCGGACAGGCACAGGAUGCAGGACAUUGUGGAUGCAGCCCUGCAGGGACAAGAGACGGAGCAUUUCGAGAUCGUCAUCUGCUCCAAGGACGACCAGGCUGCGAACGCCAAGACCGGCUGUAAGCGCAGGUGGCAGCAAGAGAUCGAUGGGAAAGACGCUGACGACGAGGUCGUCACCGCCGAGGAGCCUUUGUUCAGGACAUGCUGCAGAACCAAGUUUCACGUUCGCCUUCACUUUCUCGUGGGUCCCGCGGUGAACAGUUUUUGUGGCAGAGCCAUGGCAGAGUGGGGUGACGAAGUGUGGCAAGACGACGAAGAGGUUCGCGUAUUGCAUGGUGAACUAUCCGAGACAUGGAAAUCCUUCGACGACUGCACUGGUCCGUGGAAGUUCCCCGCUGGUCUCAUGUCGUAUCUUCAAGAGCAGGGCUUCCGAUGUCCAACCCCAAUCCAGACCUACGCCUGGCCAGUGCUGUGCAAGGGCGCUGACUGCAUCGGCGUGGCCAAAACCGGAUCUGGCAAAACCUUGGGCUACCUUCUCCCUGGCUACAUCAAAGUCAAACGGCAUGAGGCUCAAGAGAGGAGCUAUGACCGAGGCCCUGGCAUGUUGGUUUUGGCCCCCACCCGAGAGCUUUGCCAGCAAAUCUAUGAAGAGUCAGAAAAGUUCGGAAAGCCGGCAGAUGUCGUGACAGCAUGCGUCUAUGGCGGGGCUCCACAGCAACCUCAACUACAAGCGCUACGAUACAAGCCACAAUGUGUGGCAGCAACACCUGGCCGGUUGAACGAUUUUCUGAAGAGAGGCAUGUUGGACCUGGAGCUUUGCGAUUACCUCGUUCUGGAUGAAGCCGACAGAAUGUUGGACAUGGGUUUUGAGCCUCAGAUCAAGGAGACUGCGCAAUGGCUCCCCUCUGAUCGCCAAACAGCUUUGUUCACAGCGACCUGGCCUUCAGAGGUACAGGACCUAGCGUGGUCUUUGACGAAAGAUCCAGUUCACAUACAAGUGGGAACAACUGAUGCUCAAACGGCGAAUGCUGACAUCCGCCAACAUAUAGUCACCGUCCACUCCGAACAGGACAAAAUCACCUUCCUGGAGGAGAAAUUCUUCAAAAUGUUGCAGGAGAAAGAGGGCUCCGGACUGAUAUUCACGAAGACUAAGAAGACUGCAGCGUGGCUUUAUGACACGCUGGGGAAGAAUGGAGCACCAAUCGUUUGCUUGCACGGAGACAUGGACCAGACACAGAGAGACUGGUCGUUGAAGCAUUUCAAAGAGGGCAAGGCGCGGGUCCUCGUCGCUACCGAUGUAGCGCAGCGUGGCCUCGACAUACGAAAUGUGCAGAUCGUCGUCAACUAUGAUGCUCCGGCCAACAUUCAGGACUAUGUGCAUCGGAUCGGUCGUACAGGACGCGCAGGUGAGAAAGGAGAUUCUUACACGUGCUUGUUUGCCUCAGAUUGGCACCUUGCGAGCCAGAUCAUCAAAGUCUUCAAGAAGACCGGCCAAGAGGUCCCGAAAGACCUCACGGACAUAGCAGAAGGAAACGCAGGCUAUGGCGGGAGCAGCACACUCGAUGGUACGUGGGGAGGGAAGUAUGGUGAUUCCGCUUGGGAUGAUAGCAAGUCUUGGGACAACAAGUAUCCCGAGUCCACGUCCUAUGAGAGUUAUGAGACAGAUUCGCAAGAGAAGGGCGCACAGGAGGAGGCGCAGCCCGGUGAGGAGCUCGACGAGUGGCGCCAGCGUGAGGACGAGGAGGAAGAGGAGGAGGCCCAGACUCAGGCACCACGAACGGCCCAGCGGCAAAGCGUCGAAGAGGAAGCGAGAAGUCGCAGCCGCUCGCGCUCGCGGUCGCCAUCACUUUCUGACCUGGAAGCCGCUCUUGAGACUGGUGCUGCGGCACCUCAGAGUCCGGCUGCCUGCCCGCAAGGUGCGGCGACCGGUGCAUCGAAUGUCGACGGCGUUCUGCCGAGCGUGUUGCCCCCUCCUCCGCUGCCAGGAUGGCCAGCACAUGUCAGGGGCUUGGCCAUUGCCGGUUUCAUGCCAGAUCUCGUAUGUGGCUCAAGUGAGCAACCGCGUGAGUGUAAGGAUGACUCUACAGAAGAGUCCGAGGACGACAUUCUAGCGGACUCCCCAGACGACGAGCCAGCCAGGUCGACUUCACUUUUGCAGCGCAGUGCCUUUGCCAUUGCUGGCGUUUGCGUAAUGGGCCUGGUUGUUCUAGUGGUGCCACGCUCCAGACAGGCUUCCGGCUACAGCCUUCGAGCAGCACCUCAGUUCACCGGCCUCCAAGAGACACUCUUCGGGACGGUGGAUGCCGGAAUCUACACAUAUGGUGCACCUGGAACUGCAGAGCCAGCUUUGCCAGAUCUCAGUCACAAGGACGGCUGCUUUGCUGGCCUGCGAACAUGGACGGAGGACGUGCUGACACCAGCUACAAAGGAGGAGGAUGCUGCUGCCAUCUCUGAUCAGUUGGACCAUGCCAAGGUAGCCACACUGCGCCUUCAUGAUGUGUCGAAAAGCUCUCACUUUGCCCAGUGCCCUGGAGAAGUGCAUCAGCCUUUCUCCCAGGGCAACCAGUUUGCAGACUGGCUUUUGCAUUGGGAGCCGAAAUACAAACCUCGCUUGGGAAAUGUCUCCUUGCUGGGCAUGGAUGUCUCGGACCAGGCCUACAAGCAGUACGACAGCACUGAACACGCCAAGAAGCACAUCAAAGAAAGGCUGGGAAGUCAUUGGAACAUCGUUUCAAGACUGACGCUGGUCACUGGAGCAGCCUCUAUGUACGACGAGGACCCGAUGAUGCUGGUGCAGAGUUCGGAGACCUUCGAGUGUGUGCUGGCAUUUGCGGGCGUCAACAACUACGGAAACGAGCUGGCAACCGCCACAGAUGUCCGAACAGCUCCAUUCUGCGGCUUCAAAACCGUCCACACAGGAUACCGUGACGAGCUGCGCAGGAUCAUCGAGGAGCUGUGGCCCCUCAUCCGGCCGAAGAUUGGAAAGUGCAGGAGGAUGCUGAACAUCGCUGCAGUUGUCCUCCGUGUCCCAAGUGAGUCCACGUACCUCACCUCCCUGCUGGAGGGCAGUGGCUACAGUCUGCACAGGCGCCGUUCAGAGAAUGAAAAGCUACGACUUUUGCUGCUUCUCGUCGCGAACAGUGCCGCCCUGGCGAACAGUGCCGCCCUGGCCUUCGCAGGAGUGCCGCUGCGGCCCCGCGAAGAGCGGCUGGUUGGCAGGGUCAAAAGGUUUAUGGAUGUCCCCGGCGGCUUUGGCUACGGCUUCAUCGACUGUGAGGAGACGAAACUUCGCUUUACACGAGCGCGCAAUGUCAUGAAACUGGAGGACGCCCUCCUGCUCAGCUCGGGGCAGGCAGUGCAGACACAGGAGCUUAAUCUCAUGGACGAAAAGCAGGCCGUCCCCGCCGUGAUUGCUGAGCUUGCUGAGAUUGAGACAGAUUGGGAUGUUCAGCUUGUGAUCAUCGAACCUAAGCAUGGCUUGGACUGCUUCGUCCGCAACUUUGCCGGCCAAAAGCGUGCUGCUGUGGCCGACAUCCACGUGCCGUUGCUGUGCGACAUCACGCCGAAGGGUGAGCUCGUCGAGUUGGGCGUCGAUCCUGCGCAGCGAGUGAAAUGCUCGCAGGGGGUUCAGGCAGACCUGACCCAAGGCGAAUCUCUCCGUCGACAGGAACCACAGGAACAGACUGACCAGAAAAAGCCAGCAAAGACCAAACCCCCCUUGGCUUCCGCUGCUGUUUGCCGCCUCGCUCUGGGAUUGCUGGGCCUGGCACCCCACGAGAAGCCCAACACAUGGGCAGAGGUGUGGCUCAGCUUUCAGGACACAACUUGCAAGAAGCUCGGGUUAAGCUCUGGUUUCUGCAGUCCUGAUAUGGCCAGCAAGGCUGACAACGAAACCUGGCAGCGUCAGGUGUUGUCACACCUGCGUCAGCUCCUGGGUCAAGCGGAAAGUGAGCCAGCCGCGCCGAUGGCGCCUUACGUAGGUGAUCGGAAGCUGAUUCAGAGCAACACCAUCCAUGAGCAUUUGGACUUGGCGGAGUUUGCCCUCAAGCGAAUCACCUGCGCCGUGAAAGCCUUGCAAGACCCGGAGCGGUUGAAUCGGCCCAUGUUGCUGCAAGAGUACACUGAAGAGAUGGCGGAAGAUGUUUGCCAAGAUCUUAGACAAUGGCUUGAACAGCUCUCUGUGCUCUUGUCGCUGUAUCACGUCUUCCUUCUGGAGGCUGAGCGCGAGCGCAGACGCCUCUCUGCGAAAAUUGGCUCCAUGGAGUCAAAGUGGUCUGCGGCGGAGGUUGCAAAGAAACAUGCCGAAAGGUGCGAAAAGGCGAUGGAAGAUCGAUGGAACGAGCACAAGCUGCGACGCAGAGCAGAGGCUGUCCUCGGCAUCAGCCUCGAUGAGCAGGAUGACAAAAUCUACAGCCAGAAGGAAGUAGAUGCCAUGUUCAAGGACUGGGAGGAAAAGUACCUGAAGCCGCUUCAGGAUGAGCUCGAAGAGCUGCGUGAAUCCAAUGACAAGACUUUCAGCAGAAUGGCAAGUACUCGGUCUCUGAAGCGUACCGGUCUGGAUGUGGAGGACGAAGAGCAGGCCGCGAACCUCGGAAGGGCUGAGCUGGGCUUGCUGCAGACAGCACUGGUGGCUUCUGCGGACCGAGUGGCCGGGGAGCUCAGUGGCUUGUUAUUGCAGCUGGGGGAAAGCCUUGCAGAUGGCUCCGACCUUCAAGAGAUCGUGCAAGAUAUCAUGGCCUUGCCUGCGCUGGACCCUCGUUUUACUCGUGGGCAGGAUGUUGCAGUUGUUCUUUCUCGCGAUGAUUUGGGCCUUGUGCAAACUGCCCUCAACGCCACAUCGCAGCGAGUAGCUGGUGAGCUUAGCAGGAAGCUUACAGCACUUGGUGAGCACCUUGUUUCGGGAAGUCCCGAGCUUUCAACUAUUGUUCGGGCCAUACAAAGUUUGCCUAUGGAUGUGGCCGGGGACAGGCGGCAGAGUGGCUUGACCAACUCGGUAGGUGUGAACACGUCGGCAGCGAUGGUUCUGCCAAGCAAGGAUGCCAGAGAUUUUCCCGACGGCCCCGAGGGCCGACAGAAGGAUUCCGCCUUUCAGGCUGAGCUGGGCCGGAUGCGUGCUAGCCUUGACGCUGAACUGAAAGCUGCCAAGGAAGAGGCAGAGCGACAGCGAAUCCGUGCCGAGGAGGCCAUGCGAAAGCUGGAAGAGGAGGCCAAAAAGGCAGAGAACAUCAUUGCAGAUCUUCGAAGCAAGCUCAAGGCCCUACAAGCUUUACUGGAAAGAGCAGGGUUAAGCAAAGAGGCGGCCGCAGCACUGUCACAAUCAGGCUUGAAAGACUUCAUCGCUGGGCGCGAUGUGUUCGAGAGGCUAUACCGGGAUGCUUUGCGGCGGAUGAGAGUUUAUGCCGAAACGCAGCUGCGCUUGCUAAAUAUGUCGGCGGCUGACUUUCUGCAAACCUUGCAUGAUUUGGCGGCCUAUCCCGUUGGGGCAGUGGAAGCUGCAAUAGAGCUGCAGCGGCAGGGCCGGCGGCAGGGCGAGGAGUCGCCUCUUCUAGUCAUGGGCUAUGCCGGCAAUGCUGGGCCGUCUCCAGCGGCAAGUCCAAAGAACGUGAGGCAGGAUAGGCAGGCAGAAAGUGCAGAUGCCCCAAGUACUGCACGGCAUCUUCGCAAGUUCAAGACUUCUAAGACCACAACCGGCGAAGUGGACAAGCGAAGCAAAGCGUCCUCAGGAACUUCAGUCAUGAAGCGUGCAGCCACUGAAGGCUCCUCGCUCCGUGGUGUGCCGAUCAGAACCCUGCGCCAGACCUUGUUUGAGGGUUUUCCAGAGCAAGGGCCGCCCAAGGAUGUUGAACCUCAUGGUAGAUCCUCGAACAGGGAGGCCAUCGGGGACCCCCAUAGCGAUCCGGAAGGAAGGUUUAUCCGACCUGUAGCGGCUAGCCAGCUUCUUCCCCGUCCUGGCACUGGUAGUGGGCAUCGAAGCCCCCUGCUUGCAAACGGUUUACAUGCGCCGCGGCCAGCCAGCAGUGGCAGAGCCAAAGUGCGGGAAGCACGGCAAGCACAUCCAUCUAUGCAAGCACAAAGCCGGAGCUUCGGAUGA